AUGUUCAAUGGACCGUAUCAACGCUUAGCCCCCAACGUUUCUCCUUUGUCCUGGCAGAACGCUUCCCUUCGAGUCAAACAAUUUAUUGGUACAGGCAGACGACGACUGAUCGUUAUUUGCGUUUCCCUCUUCCUCCUUCUAUCCAUUUCGUUCAUUCAUCCGACCACACGACGCCUGAGCAGAAGUUUUUACUACGACCUACCUUCUAAUUUCAAGGCUGAGGGCAAAUCCGCCCGCCUCGGUUUUGGUCCUCCAACGUGGGCGCAAUUAAAGCAAUGGGAGGAUGAAUUACCCCAACACAAUCUGGAUCUGCCUUUCCCCGAGGGGCGGACUGGACGCUAUGUCAAGUUCUCUAAUCAGAUCAAGAUGUUAGGAUGGAAUAAUGUGUUCAACGAACUCUUGAUGAACUCUUUUCUUGCAUACAAAUCAAAGCGUGCUUAUGUAUUUCAGGACUACGUCUGGAAGCCGGAAUAUUAUUCCUGGCCACAAUCCGAAUCCUUUGAAUGGCCUCCUCAUACUCCUCUCAACGCCAUUAUCGCAGGACCCACUGCCGGGGGGCUUUGGGACCCUGGUGAUGAUGCACCACGUUCUGUAAGUGAAAAGUGGUUCGAUGUUGUCUGCCCUCGGGAGGAACGUCGAAUCUUAAAUACCCGUGAAGUUAAGCCUGACAUAGCGUGGCUCAUGGGCGACGAAAUUUUCGAAGCUUGGCGUAAGGUGCUCACAGAAGCCCCCGAACGAUGCAUCGAAAUUGUUCCGGCAGAUGAUGACAACUUCCCGCAAACGUUUGACCUUUGGUUGUGGGGUAGUUUCCGCGUUCUUCCUCUUUGGAAACCUUUCUCCGAAUCCCCCAUCUCUCGCCUCCUUGCCACUUCUCCCAUUGUAAACAGUGCUGUGGACAGAAAUGAAUAUCUUUUCCUACCCCAUGGUCCUCGUCCUGCUCAUCCAGUCUCGCACAAUCCUUAUGAUCGAAUGCUCGCAAUGCAUGUUCGGCGAGGCGAUUUCAAGGAUGCCUGCAUUGGUUUGGCCACGUGGAAUUCCACCUAUUAUAGCUGGAACUUGCUCGAUUUCCUUCCCGAUCAUUUCGAGCCUCCGGCCGGUGGGAGCUGGGGUUGGAAUACUCCAGAAAACACGGAAAAGUACAUGGAGCAUUGUUUACCGACAUUUGAUGGGAUCGUGAAAAAGGUGAAGGACUCUAAGGAAGACUAUAUACGGGCAGGAGGGAGCAAAGGUGAUCAACGGACGCUUGACGUUCUAUACUUGCUCACAAAUGAGGAGAGCGAGUGGCUCGACCAGCUUAAGGAUACAUUACGGAAGGAUGGUUGGCAUACUAUCAAGACGAGUCGCGAUCUCACUCUUGACCAAGAACAGACUGACGUCAAUAUGGCUGUGGACAUGGACAUUGCCAGACGAGCAGCGGUCUUUAUCGGGAAUGGGUGGUCUUCUUUUACCAGCAACAUUGUCCAUAGACGAUUGGCAGAUGGAAAAGAGCCCAUCAGCAUCCGUUUUUAUUGA